GCAGAGCCGGCUCAGGGCCCUGAGCAAGGACCCCCUGGGGAGAGGGCCCGGCCGGGCCAGCCCUGCAGGGACCAUGGGCUCCAGAGCUGAAGGGGGUCCCCGCACGGUGUUUGACUGGUUUUUCGAAGCAGCCUGUCCUGUCUCCCUGCAGGAUGAUCCCCCCAUCCUACGGCAGUUCCCCCCAGACUUCAGGGACCAGGAUGCCAUGCGGAUGGUGCCAAAGUUCUGCUUCCCUUUUGAUAUGGAAAGGGAGCCCCCAAGCCCUGCAGCCCAGCACUUCACCUUUGCUCUCACAGACCUGGCAGGCAAUCGCAGGUUCGGGUUCUGCCGCCUGCGGGCUGGGGCCCGGAGCUGUCUCUGCAUUCUCAGCCAUCUGCCAUGGUUUGAGUUGUUCUACAAGAUCCUGAACAUCGUGGGAGACCUGCUAGCCCAGGACCAAGUCCCCGAGGCUGAAGAACUUCUCCUAAACCUUCAGCAACGGCCUCCAUCUGGGGCCCGGGACUCCGUGGGACUGGAGCUGCUCUCCUGUUUUGUGGCUCCAGACUCCGACUGCCUGCCAUCGAUCCCUGAGAAUAGAAACCUCACGGAGCUGGUGGUGGCGAUAACGGAUGAGAACAUCCUGGGGCUGUUCGCCGCGCUGCUGGCCGAGCGAAGAGUCCUGCUCACGGCCCGCAAGCUCAGCACGCUCACUUCCUGCGUCCAUGCUUCCUGCGCUCUCCUGUACCCCAUGCGCUGGGAGCAUGUGCUGAUCCCCACGCUGCCCCCGCACCUGCUGGAUUACUGCUGCGCGCCCAUGCCCUAUCUCAUUGGAGUGCACGCCAGUCUUGCCGAGAGAGUUUUAGACAAAGCCCUGGAAGACGUGGUGGUGAUGGACGUGGACUCCAAUACCUUGCAGACGCCCUUUGACGACGUCCAGGCGCUGCCCCCAGACGUAGUGUCCUUGCUGAGGCUGAGGCUAAGGAAGGUGUCGCUGAGCCCUGGAGAAGGGGUGUCCCGCCUCUUCCUCAAAGCCCAGGCCCUGCUCUUCGGGGGCUACCGCGAUGCUCUCAUCUGCAGCCCGGGUCAGCCUGUGACCUUCAAUGAGGAAGCUUUCUUGGCGCAAAAGCCCGGGGCGCCCUUGCAGGCCUUCCACCGGCGGGCUGUGCACCUGCAGCUAUUCAAGCAGUUCAUUGAAGCCAGGCUGGAGAAGCUCAACACAGGACAGGGAUUCUCAGACCAAUUCGAGCAGGAGAUCACCUGCUGUGGGGCUUCCUCCGGCACCCUGCGCUCCUACCAGAUCUGGGCAGACAACCUGAAGAAAGGUGGCGGUGCUCUCCUGCAUUCUGUGAGAUCCAAAACUCAACCAGCCGUCAGGAACAUGUACCGAUCGGCCAAAAGCGGCUUGAAGGGGGUGCAGAGCCUGCUGACGUACAAGGUAAGUGGGAGGCACAGCCAUCGCCUGCAGGAGGAGGAGAAGGACGUGGCCUCUAGCUCUGGUGUUCACCUCCUAGGAUGGGGAUUCUGGCCUGCAGAGAGGGGGUUCCCUGAGAACCCCACACCUCCCCAGCCAUUCCAACCAUCAGCCACAGCAGCGCCUGCCUGUCACCCAACACUUCAGACAAGUAAGGAUGACACCACCCCACCCCCCCUUCCCAAGCCCCACUCUGCAAACACCUUGCUUCUCUUCUCUGCACAACAUCCGCAACCCUCCUUCAGAAAGUCCCAGCCCCCACCCGAUUCUCCAUUCCCAAUCUCACCUCCCUACCCCUGUCCACAGAGCCUGCCUCUAGACCCCGGCGGAUUCCAGAUGGCAGAGGAACCUUUGGGACCCCUGGGAGACAGGAUGUCUCCCCUGGGCCUCAAGGACCCCCAAGGUCCAUGGAUCGAAGAAACUCUGGAUAGCAGCUUUUUGGAGUCUGGAGAAGAACUGGAUUUGCUGAGUGAGAUUUUUGACAGUCUGAGUGUAGAAACCAAGAUGGCGGGCAGCCUGAGGCCGAGCCAGAGUUUACACUGUUGGCGCCGAGGGAAUUCAGACAGCUGCUUCAGCCUGCCCAACCUGCCAGGAGGAUGGCAACAUGAGGAAAAGGGACCACCAGAGCCCCAGCCCCGGUCGCUGCCCAUGGACCUGGCACCCUUGUCCAACACCCUAAUUUCGGAUAGCACGCGCUCCCAGGUGCCCUCGGAGAACAACCAAAAGGCCACCUCUACAGUCCAGCCCUCCACAGCUUCUGCAGCCCCAGAAUGCUCUGCAGUCCCUGAGCACUCUAGAGCCCAGGGGAACCCUCAUUCUUGGCGCCCCACAGCACCUACCCAGCCCCACCCUCUGGAAAGCCCUCAGACUCUGGCCCACACAAAGCCAAACUCUGGUCCUAUCUGGAGAUCCCAAUCUCUUGAUUCUUCAGAUCUCAGUUUUCUAGAGAGCCCCAGAGCUCAGCCCCUGCACUGCUCACUAGCCCCUCAGGACCCUGGGGCCUCCAGUUUCCUUGCCUGCCCCACCAAGAAGAAGCAAGAGCCCCAAGCCAGGAGGCAGACCCGAAUUGCGGGUCUUAAGAAGUGUCUUGAGAGUUAAGAAUCAGGGGAAUGUGGCUGGGAAUGUGGCUUAGCCGUAGAGUGCUUGCCUAGUGUGCAUGAAGCCCUGGGUUCAAUUCCUCAGCACCAU